GCCCCGGCCCCUGUCGUAUCCCAGGCUUCGCGUAUCAAGGCGUCAGAACCACCCAAGUACAAGGGCAACAAAGGCUCGGACAUCACUCUCGAACAAUGGUUACAGAAGAUGGGCCUCUGGUUCCGCGUCCAGAACAUCACCACGGACGAUGACAAGAUUACCCUGGCCCUCAUGUACUUGGAAGGCGGCGCGCACGACUACGUCGAAGACUACGUCGAGACAGCAUCAAACGGCGGAACCCUUGGAUCAUGGACCGACUUCGUCAACCGACUCAAGGCAGGCUAUCGUCAACUGGCUCCGGAAAAAACGGCACAGACAUCCCUCGAAGAAUGGUGUUCAAAGACCCACUCUACCGUCAUCCAGUUUGCAGAGAACUUCCGCCGCUACGCCUCGAAGUCCGGUUACGCUGACGUAGAGCUCAUCCGCCGCAUCGACAAUCAGGUUGGCAAGAACUCGCAGAUCCUUACGGUUAUGACAGCGAUGCGGCAAGUCAACCCCAUGCUGAUUCCGACGAAAUGGGAACACUAUUUGGAUUGGGUGCUCAAACUG